AUGAACUACAGACUAACGUCUGUGUAUAGCUCAGAGCAAUGGCGUCUUGCACUCCGGCCAAAUACAACAGUGACAUUGGCUAUAGCGUCGAGUCCUGAUGUGCACGUUGUGGAUCCUCGUCACGCAUACAUAUCACCUGUUGGUCGUCUGCAAUGGCUAAAGGACCGGCCUUUGUGGCGUCGUGGCAUGGCAUCGAAAGGCCGCAUGACAAUGUAUGGUCGCAUGCACAGAAUCACACGCUCGGAUGAUGUGGCCUCGCUAAGCAACUGCUUCGUUAAGCAUCAUCCAGAUGCCGAAGCAUGGAAGCCAGGGGCAUCUGAAAGCCCUCACACUGCCUUUUGGGUUCGAUUCUCACCACAUGAAAUCCAUUAUGUGGGUGGCUUCGGGGAUGAACAUUUCAUCGGCGCUGUAGACAUGCAGCAAUACCGCUCUUAUGAUGUAAGAAUCGAUGCAGAUGCAACUGCAUCAUCGCUUUCACCUCCAUCACGUUCUCUUGAGCUUCCUGUUGUCCAUUUCCAAUCAUGA